UCAGAGAUGCUAAAGACUCCAUGAUCUGCAGUAUUCCUGAAACACAGACAGCCAGGAGAUUGUGGGAAAAAUCCAGAAGUACAGAACGAGACCUGUACAGUUCUGUUUGUUUGCUCUGCUCUAAACGAAUCUAGAGAUCCUGUGAUGUUAUGGAUAUUUAACCAAAAGACUCUUCCAUCUUUCGGUUUGGUAAAGGUGUACCAACUAUGAAUUAGCCAAUGCUAAAACCAGGAGCAAACAUUUCCUAGCUCCAGCUGCAUCAUUACAACAGCCAUUGGAAUUCUGGGAAACAGAAUGCCAGCCAAGACACCUAUGUAUUUAAAGACACCCACACCAAAGCAUGGCAAAAAGCUAAAAUUGAGGGAUGUUCUCUCUAGUGAUAUGAUCAGCCCUCCUCUAGGGGACUUGCGCCACAGCGCCCAUGUUGGACCGGAAGGUGAGGGUGAUAUGUUCGGAGAUGUUGGCUUCCUCCAAGGCAAACUGGACAUGUUACCUUCCUUAGCACAUCCCUCUUCAAACAACAUGAGCAGGCAUGUUGAUGACAUGUUUGAGAUACAAGGCCUACAGCAAAGGUAUAACUCCCAUCAUAACUCAAAUGACAGCUCCAUUCUUAAAAGCACAUUCUCAAUGCCUGCCUUCAUUGCCCCUGAGCAGCCACCUCCGAAACCUCCUCGACUACACUUAGAGGAAAGCUCUAGUCAACAUAAGCGCCACCACAAUCAGCAGCAACACUCCAUGUCUGUGUGCGCAGACGGGGAUGGACACUACCGGGAACCCUACCAUGAUUUCACCCUAUCUGCUUCCAUCCCCAUCUUGAGACACCUUAUGCCCUCUCCUGGUUCUUUCUCUGAGGCCUCCUCAGAUGACUCAAUGUCCGAAGUUUGUGUUCCACCAGACCCUAAACGAGGUCUGAGCCUGGACUCUGAUACUGGCCUGAGCAAUGAGGACCUGCGAAGUGAGCACAGUGAGUCUCCUGCAUUCUCUCCCACAAUGUCACGCUCAGAGUCUCUUGCUGGCCUCGACCUGGAUCUGGGACCAUCCAUUCUGGAGGACGUUCUCAGGAUAAUGGACCGUUACAAGAGUGUGAAAGACAGGUGUGAGCUGUAAGCUGGCAAAGAAACUUGUAAUGUGCAUAUCUUUGCUUGGCCUUGUACUUCCCUUGCUGGACACUGGAGUAAAUCUUUGGGACAGAAUGACUACAAACUAAAAACUGCAUCUCUUUCUGUGUAAAUGACCAUCUGAAAUGUAGAUGCAAAAUGGAAAACUGUUUUUGUAUACUGUUUAUAUUGUACAUUUACAUUAUUAUAUUAAAAAAAAUCUCCUCAGUGUAAAUAGACUGUGACUUUUUUGCUGCCUUACAUUAUAAUUUAAAGUAUGUAAACAAGGAAAAAUCCAGUGCAAAAGUUACUAAUUGCACAUUAGUCAAUUUAUGACCAAUAUGAAAUGCUGACUUGAUUAUUACUUUUAAGCAGAAACCAGUUCAUCUUGAUACCCAUAAUUAUAGGUUUCCAUUAUUUCCCUUUUUUGGGGGCGUUCUAUCAGAAACACAGUUUAUUAUUGAUUUGUAUCAUAAUACGAGAUAUGGGUUUAACAUGGUCAUGUAAAUAAAAUAAUAUUGAAACCAA